AUGAGCAUGGAUACCCGUAAAAGUGAUACAAAAGAGCUGAGUCUGGUCGAGAUCGUGGACUUGGUGUGGACCUCUACCGAAGAAAUUGGUCAGGAUCUCAAACAGAAGGGUGAGCGACUUUCAAAACACUACGCCGAACAGCUGGAGCAAGCUCUGACCACUCCUGUUCUCGCUGUUCCAUCUACAAAAGAACAAUGCAUAGAAGCUACUCGGGAUCUGAAGCACAAAUACAACAAACUCGUGGAAGAAUUGCGGCCGUCACGUGACUCAUUCCAACUGAGUCUCAAUCGGCAUGUGGCGCUGCUGAAACGGGUGGACCAAAUGAGCCGACAGUUCUCGCGCAAAGUCAGGAAACAGACGGAGAAGGACAAGUUUUUGGGCUAUCAGGAUCGUGCACUAGAUUCGCUUUCUUUUUUCUUUGACAGAGCUUCACGUGACGAUUUGGAUUCGGAGACACUACAGAAGUGUCUUCAGGAGAUGAUGGAGGGACAGGAUGAAGAGCUCAGGGAGUGGUACUUUAUGGAAGAGUUGAGUCGGUUUGGGAGACACGUGACAGAGAGCUUGAGGCCUAAGCCAGAUGUAAUCAUUGAAGACAAAGUGGUGUCUUUGUCUCGACGUUUGGAACUCUCUCCAGAAUGCAUAUCUCUUGUAUACUCUCACUGUGACCUUGAAACGUGCGUCUCAUUGCGUCAGGUCAGUUCCGCAUGGUACAAGGUGUUUGGGCAAAUUAACCACAUCUGGCGGUCUAAGAUGCGCGAGCGGAACCCAUUUAUUGAGCCAGGAGACGCCGAUAUGAAAAGCUAUGCCGACUGCGUGUUGGUGUUUGUGGCUCGACUCAAAUGGCCCACCGUAAGCAAUCUGAACGACAUGGAGGUUUCUGGAGAGCCAGCAGAGCGAAAUAAAGUGGUUGGAUUCGAGCUGGGACUCAAUGAGAAACUUCCCAGUAACUUUACAGGUAUGAUGCCGUUCGAGUCUGGGUGUACAGUUGCCUGUGAUCAUUUCUUUGCUCUGGCAGCAUGGGAGUCUCAGGAGUUCAUUCGAGAUUUAUGGGACCUUAGCUCGCGUCCAAAGGAUGAACCAUACGAGGUGAUUGGAGUUGGAGAGCAUGGAACUGUUGUCAAAUAUAGAGACAUUGAAGUGACGCUUCCCCCGUCGGUUCGCCCAGAAGAUAUAGUUCCGUUCACAGGGCACAAUACGCCUGUGCAUCUUGGUACUAUGAUCAUUACAGUGGAGUUGCUAGACGGGAGGAUGAUUUCUAUUCCACGAGAUGAUCCGCAUUACGAACACGGAUAUAUUUUCAACGCGCCUGGAGCUCGUCUUUUUCAGAUUGGAAACGUGCAUUUCGCGAGAGAGUCUCCUGGUUUGAUCCACAAGAAGGCAGUGUACAGGUACAGGUUUGCGGACUUUGAGAGUCGGAAAAUGAUUGAGUAUGGAGCAGGAAGACAUGUAUAUCCCGUCGCAGCCUACAAUGGUUGCAUCUGGUGGCAUCUGAUGGCUGUUCCUAACUCUUUGGUGCCCACAUUCGUGGAUCUCAGGACUCCCGAAAAAAUCCACUUUCAGCCAAAUAGAGCCAUCUGUGGAGUGUCUGCGAAGCUUUUUGAACAGAGCUUUAGAGAUAGAGACACGAGCCAGUUUGUUGUUUCUAUAACGGACAUUGGUAUUCAGGUGGUGGAUCUCGAUAGAGGAGUGAUCACGGAGGUGACUGGGCCCAGUGACAAACCUGCUGCUCGUUUCUUUCCAGGCUAUUGGAACGGCAAAUUCAUGGCAAGGUGUAUGAGCGAGGUCGUAGUCCAGGCAACGACGGAGCUGGUGCUUCAGGAGCACGGCGUUCCAGAGGAGGAGUGGAGGGUGUAA